AUGCCUUCUCCAAUCGUCAACACGACGAUACAGUCGUGUGUGCUAAAUGCGACGAGCAACAUCAUCGCGCAGUUCCUCACCGCAUACAGAAGCAGCGCAUCAUACACAAUAAACUGGAUACCUGUCCUGCAGUUCACACUCUUCAACGCGCUAAACUGUCCACCAAAUUUCCUCUGGCAAUCCUUCCUCGAAUCCUCCUUUCCCUCAACCUACCUCGUCCCCUCCGACUCCGCCAUCGCCGCCGCCGCCAAAAACGACGAAAAAGAGCUCGACCGCGAAGAAUCCACCCACACACUCCUUGAAUCCAAGCUCUCCAUCCGCAACACGCUGAUCAAAUUCCUGCUCGACCAGACCAUAGGCGCGACAGUCAACACACUGCUGUUCUCGCUGGUGUUUGCUGGGUUUAGAGGAGAGGGGUAUAAGGAGGCGGUGGGGAUUGCGGCGGAGGAGUUCUGGCCGUUGAUGAGGGCUGGGUGGACGGUGUGGCCGUUGGUGAGCUUGCUGAAUUAUUCGGUCGUGAAGAGUGUGGAGGGGCGGGCGUUGGUGGGGAGUUUGGCGGGGAUGGGGUGGGGGGUUUAUUUGAGUUUGGUGCAGAGUUGA